UUGAUCUCAUCAUAUCGGUGCAGUGUGUAUUUCUCGUUCACCUUGUUCUUGAGAAGCAAGUUGACGGUCCUAUAUAACGUCACACUGCACCAAAUUGCACUUCGUUUGAUAGUCAACGGCGUGGUGACCAGACCACGAUGGCGCCGUCUAACAUGCUAAACACGGCGGCUCGUCUUUCGCUGGGGCCCGAAUCAGUGGAACCCCUUUUCAACGAGCAAAAAGAGCGUGGGAAAACGAAAGCUUGGACCGAACCAAAACCAGUACCUGCGAUCGAGGAACAAACUGUAGAUCACUCGAAACAAGAAGCUUACAGAGUCAGGAUAGUCUGGAAAAACGUCAUAUUUUGCUCCAUCUUGCACCUAAAGGCAAUUUACGGCAUUUACCUGAUAUUCACGUCCGCUAAAAUUCAGACAAUCGUAUGGGGUUUUCUAAUGUAUCAAGCAGGAAUACUUGGAAUAACAGCUGGAGCUCAUAGAUUGUGGUCACAUGGAGCAUACAAAGCCAAAUGGCCGUUGAAACUAAUUUUAAUCAUCCUCAACUCAUCCGCUUUUCAAAACAGCGUAUUCGAAUGGGUACGGGACCAUAGGGCCCACCACAAAUUUAGCGAUACAGACGGUGACCCGCACAACUCACAGAGAGGGUUUUUCUUCUCACACGUGGGCUGGCUCCUGUGUCGCAAACAUCCGGACGUAAUGCAGAAGGGCAGUCGUAUCGAUAUCAAAGACCUCGAAGACGAUUCCCUCGUCCAAUUCCAAAAGAGGCACUUCCUGAAAAUGGUGACGUUAUUCUGUUUCAUCAUUCCGACGGUGGUUCCUGUUUACUGCUGGGAGGAAACAUGGAAAAAUGCGUGGUAUGUGGCUAUAGUACGGUAUGCGUUCGUCUUGAACAUUAUUUGGCUGGUUAAUAGCGGUGCCCAUCGUUGGGGCCAACGUCCAUACGACAAGUUUAUUAAAGCGACAGAGAAUGCAGGCCUUUCGUUCUUGUCCCUGGGAGAAGGCUGGCACAACUACCACCACGUCUUUCCGUGGGAUUACAGGACUGCUGAGUUGGGGAAAUUUCAAACAAACCCCACUACAGCUUUCAUCGACUUCUUCGCCAAGAUCGGCUGGGCCUACGACUUAAAAACGGUCCCCCUGAGUUUGAUACGCAAGAGGGCCAACCGAACGGGCACCCGGAAAAACAACCACGAGGGAGAGGUCUGGGGUUGGGACGACGAGGACAUGUCCAAAAAAGACAAGGACCACGCAAUCAUUUUGCUGAAAAAAGAAUAAAUCUCUUCAUUGGGGGCCUACGCUUCCGGUUUUUCUUUGAGGUAAACAUUUUUUUAGGUGAGUCUUUUAAUAAGCAGGAGCGUCUUUUGCUAAAAUUUGCUGUGAUUGUGCUUGAUGAAUAACCAAAGGAUAGACCUCACAAUCUCUCAUCAUAGUUUGUAUUGCCGUAAAGAUGUACAUAUCAUGUAUAUUUUUAUUAAAAAUUGUUUCUCAUUGUA